AUGGCGGCCCGCGCGGGCCCGGCCGGGCGCCGCGGCCAGCCCAGCUCGUCCCCGGCCCGCAAGCGGCUGAAGCCGCUGCGGACGGUGGUGGCGUGGAGGGGCCGGGCGGAGUGGGACCAGGUGAUGGUGGGGCUGUACUGCGGGGACAGCCGGCUGCAGCAGGACGCGCUGGACCGCGUCUCGGCGUGGAAGAGCCGGUACGGUCCAAAAAUGCCUCUUGCAGUGGACUCCACGGCAGAACUGAUUCGCUGUAAGGUCCUCGAUUCAUCUGGCAGAUUGAAGUCACACGAGCUCAUCCUGUCUUAUGGGCUGGCCCUUGUAAGAUUUGUCAACUUGAUCACAGAAAGGAAACAGAAGUCGGUCAGCAUUCCUCUGAGACAAUUAGCGAGAGAGGUGGACAUCCCCGUGUGGGUCGUGGAUCUCCGUCACGAGCUGACGCACGGGAAGCUGCCGCGGCUGGCCCUGUGCCGCAAGGGUUGUGAUGUUGUGCUGGAGUGGCUGCGGAAGAUGUAUUGGAACCGUCAGCUGGGCAAUAACUUGUGUGAGGAAGAUGAGGAUGAGGAAGAAGAGCAGGAAGAGGUGGAAGCAAAUGCAGAUUUGGAUGGUGAUGCAUGGGAGAUUCAAACCCCACAGCAUGAGGCCUGUCAGAAACACAAGGAAUUCCAUGAAAAAGUCAGAGAUGUUCUGAUAUCUUACAAGAAUGAGCAGUUCCGGGUUAUGCAGGCUAUGCCGUCUCUUUCAAAGUCUCGAGAAUUGUGGUCUGAUUCCUCUUCAGAAUUGGACUGGAUUUUGGCUCAGAUCAAAGACCUGAUGCAGGAAAACAGGGCGACAGUGGCUGAAGCUCUUCUCAGUGAUGGCUUUCUCAUCCCAAAGAUGGAUUGUCUGAAGAUGCUAAAUAUCAAAUAUGAAGCAAAUAAAGAGGUAUGGCAAUUCAAAAUUCCCCCAGGAUUUUACUGCUUUUGGCAGCCUUUGCUGUCAGGCCUCCUUUCACGAAGUUUUACACAGAUCCUAAUAGAGAAAAUGUUUAUAGAGCUGAAGGAAUGUUCUGACUCUUCAGAACUCCGGCCUCAGUUCUUGAUCAACUGGAUUUCUGAGUUGCUGACUGGCAUUGCCAGAGUAAAUGCUGGGAAGAAAAAACAACAGUGUAACAAGCAGGUGUCUGUGAAGGAGCUGUUCCUCCACAAAGUUCCUUUGCAGUGGAUAAGACUGACUGACAGUUGCUUGCAAGCUCCCUGCUGGGCAACCCCACAUCUUCUUCAGCUGAUCCUCACCAUCAUGAGGCCUCGCUUGCCACGUUCUUCUCGGAAGAACCUGCUCUACCUUGCUUCCAUUUACACAGAAGGAGGGGCCCCUCUGUCCAGUCCAGGCCUCUCUUCAGAUGGCAGUGAACAGCCAAUUUAUACUAUAGAGAGCUUACAGUGGAGAGCCAGGCAAGAAAAUCAGGUUAAAAAUCAAGGGCAGACUGUAGAGAAACAAGAAGAUGUGCCAGAGAGGGACAAUGGUGUGGAGGAAGUGGAAGAGGAGGAAGAAGAGAUGGUGACUGAAGCAAAUGCUCUGGAAGGACUUGCUCAUUCUGGUACCAUGGUGGCCAUUGCUGAGAAAAGGGCAGCACUGCAAGGGUCUGCCUGGCAGAUCACUGCAGAUGAAGUACGAUGGAAAGACUUUCCUCUUGGGAAACUCCCAGGUCAGACAGAUGACCCUGAUGGUCUCAUGUUGGAUAAUUAUUCUAUGAUGUCCCUGCUUGAUCAGCCAGUGAGGGAGGAGUGGAAGCCUCUCAGUACAAACUCUGCAGAAUUGAAUAUUCCCAUGACAGGAGGAUUGUUAUGGACCCAGAACGACUUCCAUAAAAUAAAAAGUGGCCUUCAACUUUUCUGAGACAGCAGCAGAGUGCUCUGUGACUUUUAGUAUUGCACAAGUUAAGUGGCAUGGAAGAUCUAGUAAUGAUGGUGGGAAAACAGUCACUCCAGGAGAAGUUGUUGUUGCUGUGAUUUAUUGAUUUUUACCAUGUAAAAUCAAUGUUUUAUAAAGGUCUUGUGUUUUUAGUUGCAUGUACAGUGACCAUUGUCUUGCUUAACCAGUUGAAGUUUGCCAAAUAGAGUUAAGUUUGGAAUCCCUCCAUGUUCCUUUUUCAUAAAUAAAUACAACUGACUGGAGGCAAACCUUGCUCCUGGGUGCUGUUUCUCAGUUUUCACUCUGGAAAGUGUCCUCUGGCCAACAGUGAGACUAUUGAUUGAUCCAUUCUUAUUUCACUGAUGCUGAUACUGUCCUGGAGGAGUGACUGUGCCAGGAUGAGAUUGUGCUACAGUUUUCACCUCUCUAGGAUUUCACAUGAAGCUUCAGGGAUCAAUCCUAGCUAGAGCAUGGCUGACUGUGAUAUGUAAAUAACUUUGAAAUGUUUUUGUCACGAUGUUUUUUCAAGUGAGAGUCUUGAAGCCACUACUGUCUCUUUUUGAUUGAAGUGUUUUGCUUCAUGUUACUUCUGUUCAUGAUUUUGCUGAUAUUCAUAACCAAUACUGUGGUGUUUGCUGAGAGCUGGUGUGAUCACUGCAGAAAAGGACUGAACAAGUAAAUUGCUGCAAAGUUGUUGAGAAAAAUGGCUUCCAGAUAGUUUUUCCUAAAUUCAGCUUUCUUUACCUGUAUUAUUGGAAUUUAAGAGGCUUCUUCAGUUACCUGUCAAAAGCCCCAGGAGUUUAAGUGUAUAUUUAUUGCAGGAUUCCUCAAUAAGAAUUUUUUAAAGUGCAUCUGCUAGAGGGUAAACCAGAGAAUUUCUCUGAGUCCAUGUAGUAAUUUUUGGGUUUUACUGAGCAGAAGGAAUAACAUAUCAAGGAAAGGGAUAUCAAAAGGGGCAUACAACUUCAGCAGCACAUUCCAUAGGGUUGAAAUGCAUUAUUAGAACAGCAGCUUCACGGAUGCUUUGCACUGGCUCUCAAGUAAAGGCUUAGCUAGAUGGCCAGAAUGUAAAUAUUAUUUUGUUAUUCCUUCUUCUCUAGAUUUUUGUUAUUCUGCUCUACUGCAGUUGGUUGUUACCACACAUCCAAAAAUGGAACAUACAUUGCAUAUUUCCUUCUAUAAAAGCAAGCAGUGCCAAUGCAAAAGGAAAUAAGCUUUCUGUUUUGAGGGAUUUUUCAUGGAAGCUCUUCUCCUUUCAAGUAUUUUUAGAAAUGCUUCUUUUACCCAGUAGUUAAUUAGGCUUAUUUAGGAAAUUCUGAGUGAAAGGGAUUUGUUCCUUUAUUACUGCAUUUAGCUGAGUAUGAAAUUACUUAAAUUACUGUAUUUUCAAUUGCAAACAAGCAUAACAGUUCAAAUAGGGAUGUGCUGGCACAUACUGUGCCAUCUGUAAUGUUUUUUUACUCAUUGGAGAAAGUGCAUUUGGUAAAAUCAUGUGCUGCUACCACGACUACUACAAUACCUUGAUCAGCUGUCAUUACUGCCUUGUGUAUCUGCCAUUACCCCACCUAAAGAAUUUGGGAAUUUUUCAGUCAAUCAGCUAAAAAAACCCCAAGAAAUAACUCGGACAGACUGCAGCAGUUGUUUUGGGCAAAAAAGCUUUUUGGGGGUCUUGUCUAAAGAGGGUUGAAAAAUAAAAAGCUAAAAACAAAUAA